AUAUGGAUCCAGAUCUGGUAAAUUUUUAGAAUCUAAAAUGUUGCCAACCUGGUUCUUUUACAGGGCAAGACACCAGAGUAUAUUGCUUAAUAUUUGUUCAAGGCGGAGUGCUGUACUAUUGCUCUGGGCAGUGAAUCAGAAUCAGUAGCAGUGUUACAUUAAAGGCAAAUCCACUCCCGCGUUUGCAUUCGUCUUUCCAGCCUCCCAGCCGACAAUCAAAAAUUACAGCCAGAGGAAUUAUCAGGAGUACCAGAAGAUGUAGUUGCAACAGUGGAUCGUUUGGAUUGAAGAUAAUGAAUAAAAUUAAUCAGGAACUGCUGUGCUUAUCAUCUUGUUUUGUGAGAGAUUUCCUGUAGCCUUUGAUAAGUCAGCAGAAAGGGACUACUAAUCAUCAUGAAGUUGAAGCAGCGUGUGGUACUUCUGGCAAUUCUGCUCGUCAUCUUUAUUUUCACAAAGGUUUUCCUCAUAGACAACUUGGACACAUCAGCAGCCAAUCGUGAGGACCAGCGCGCCUUCCAUCGCAUGAUGACGAGCCUACGGAUCGAAUUAGACCCACGACUUGAUCACACACUGCAAUCUCCUUGGGAGAUUGCAGCCCAGUGGGUGGUGCCACGUGAAGUGUACCCGGAGGAAACACCAGAACUGGGUGCAGUGAUGCAUGCUAUGGCUACCAAGAAAAUCAUCAAAGCAGAUGUGGGCUAUAAGGGUACCCAGUUGAAAGCACUGCUUGUGCUGGAAGGUGGACAGAAAGUAGUCUUCAAACCUAAGAGAUAUCCCAGAGACUAUGUAAUAGAAGGAGAGCCAUAUGCUGGCUAUGACAGACAUAAUGCAGAGGUGGCAGCCUUCCAUCUAGACAGAAUCUUAGGUUUCCGACGGGCACCACUUGUGAUUGGUAGGUUUGUGAACCUCCGGACAGAGAUCAAACCUGUUGCCACAGAACAGUUGCUUAGUACUUUCAUGACUUUAGGUAAUAAUACUUGUUUCUAUGGGAAGUGCUACUACUGCCGGGAAACAGAACCAGCCUGUGCUGAAGGAGAUUCCAUGGAAGGAUCACUCACUCUUUGGCUGCCAGAUGCAUGGCCUCUUCAGAAACAUCGGCAUCCAUGGGGCAGGACGUACCGGGAGGGCAAGUUAGCCAGAUGGGAAUAUGAUGAGAGUUACUGUGAUGCUGUAAAGAAGACCUCCCCUUAUGAUUCAGGUCCACGGCUUCUUGACAUCAUUGAUACAGCCAUCUUUGACUAUCUGAUUGGGAAUGCUGACCGACAUCAUUAUGAAAGUUUUCAGGAUGAUGAAGGGGCCAGCAUGCUUAUUCUACUUGACAAUGCCAAAAGUUUUGGAAAUCCUUCCCUGGAUGAGAGAAGCAUUCUUGCGCCUCUUUAUCAGUGCUGCAUUAUCAGAGUCUCCACAUGGAACAGGUUGAACUAUUUGAAGAAUGGAGUCCUGAAGUCUGCCUUAAAAACUGCUAUGGUUCAUGACCCUAUUGCACCUGUGUUGUCUGCCCCACAUAUGGACGCCCUGGACCAACGACUGCUGAACAUCUUGGCUACAAUAAAGCAAUGUACAGAUCAAUUUGGGCCAGACAUUGUAUUGGUGGAAGAUAGAAUGACACUUUCCCAUUUGUAGCUUUAACAGAAACUGAUAGGGUUUAUUUUUUAAAGUAAUAAUAGAAAACAGCACAACUGGUUCUGCGUGGCUAUGGGCAGGAUAAACUGGAAUUAAAUAACAGAAUUUCUGCAUCAGAAGAAGAAACACUUGUAGUUUGAAAGCUCUGUUGAAGACAAGAAAGUUCCCCUCGGGUAGCCCUGUAUCUUCUUUUUGUUUUUGGAUUCCAUUGCUGGCAGUGGAUGUUGCACUGAGAGCCCUCCUGGGAUUCCCUGUGAAGAGAUGGAUAUUGAGACACUAAUACGGGCUUGUUCCAGAAAAGAUCUUAUUCUCCUAAUUGACUCCAAGUAUAAUCUUAGUUUUUUAGUCUAAUUCAGGGUUUUAAAGAAUAGGCUAUCUAGGCAUCCAUACUGGCCAUGUUAAAAAAAAGAAAAGUGAUGGAGGGGUAGGGCAAAUUUGAUAUUGAAAAGAUUUACUUUCUCUCCUGAUAGAUAUACAUCGAUGCAUCUUUUGCAGAAAUUUUCUAAAGGACUUCGUAAGGGAAUGUAUAAUUGUGUUUGGUGUUCUCUUAAAUCCAAAACUGCUGAAGGAGAAAGACUGUUCUAGAUUACUUUUGAAAUCUGUUGUCCAUAUACAAGGCUGAAAUUACUCAGGCCUGCACAAUGCUGCAAAGUCCUAACCAGAGAUUUUUGUGCAAAUCAUUAUGUAAGGGUUCUUGCUGUCUUGAACCUAAUAUUUCUCCUAAAAAGUGGGGCUUGAGCCAGUACUUUAUGUCCUGUCAGUGCUGUAGAUUUCAAAAAACAAACAGGAUUUGUUGCUAACUUCUGGUCUAAACUGAAAAUCUAAGAAGACAUGAUGAGUGCCUGCGGAAGGGAAAAAUGUUUUAUCAGGCAUUCAGGAUAGUCUCAUUUCCAAGGUUUGAGCUGAACUAAAGAUGUUUUUAGAUGCAUUUGUUUUCUUUUUUUAAUCCAAGCUGUGAUUCCAUGGCUUUGUGACCAUUAUCAGGAAUUGUAUUUGUGUUUCUAGUGUCAGAAAAUGUAUGUAUCUUGGUUUUAAUUCAUGCACCUGAUAGUCCUGCCAAAGAUAUUGGAGGGAAAUGUGUGGAAAACAAUUCUGUAUGUUAACUCCAAGGUUUAAUUCCCUGAACUAUUAUUCACCAACUGUAUUGAAAACCUCAAAGAUUUUCUAUGAUAGAUAAUGUUUCCGAUAGCUGUAUCCUGGAUGUCAGUUAACAGAAAUUUAAAUACAGAGACCAGAUGUUUAUCAGUUAGUUCUAAUAAUUUUUAAAAUUAAUUUGGACAUGCUUCCUCUUUUGGAAACAGACCCCAACGCCCAUAGAUGCAAAAAGGAUGCGUCUGCAUCUGUUUCAGUAACUUUCCUUACCCUACAGCAUUUUUAAAGCUCACGUUUCAGCCUAUGCCAGUAAUAAUCUUAAAAUGGCUGCCUAAACUAUUGGUUGGCUUAAUGCCAAAUCCUAUUUAUAAUGUUAUGCCUCCUUUAACAAAAAGAACUUCCAAAAUAAGUUGAUUUUUGUCAGGUUGGUUCAGCUAAAUGUCUCAAAUUAGAGCAACUUGAUAAUAGUUAAUAAUUGCCAUUAUGAGGGUCACCAGCUUUAGACUUUUUAUCAAAUACUAGCCAAUCAUAUCAGCGGCUAAGAUGAGUUUUUUGUAGAUGCAUGGUAAGUGUGCAAUCGCAUUGAAUCUGUACCUGGCAGAUGCUGUUGAGGAAGAAAACAUCUUGCUGGUUAAUUGAGACUUUCCGAAUAACUUCAUGUUUCCUUUAUAUGCUAUUUUAAGAUUAAGAAACUGGAAGAGACAUCCUGUGCUUGAACAGACAAGUAGUCCAUUGCAUUGGAAGAACUGGAACUGUUGUUAAAAAAGAAAAGAAAAUAAUUUAUUAAGAAGUAACUUAUUCAUGUGGCAGCUGAAACAAAAUGUUCACCUUGAAGCUGCUAAAGACUUGUCUUUUGGAGUGGUUAUGAGUAGAAGCUGUUGGGAAAAGAAAACAAGUUUCAGUUUUGCAUUUCCCAAGGAUCAGGCUAUGCAUAGGCAAGUAUUAUGUGAAUAAAGAUUUUAAUAACAUGAACUUAC